AUGACUUCUAAUCGAUGGCUUCUAUUUUUUUUAUUACUUCGAAUAACACUGGCGAACCGCGAUGUGUUUCGUCUGCUUCAGGAUAAACCGAUGCCUAGAAAUGGAAAUCCGAAGGCUCCGCUGCAAGUGCACUUUGGUUUUUAUGUGGAGAGCUUGGGAAAUUUCAGAGCUACGGAGAUGACCUAUGACAUGGACAUGUACCUCUACAUGAGUUGGCAGGACGAUUCCAUGCGUCACAACGAAACCGAGCACGUUCUCGUCAACGAUAAGGAUAUUUUGGACAAAAUCUGGCUUCCAGACUUAUAUUUUGCAAAUGCGAGAACCGCGUAUUUUCAUAAAGUAACUGUGCACAACUUCAAUAUGUUUAUCAGUCCGCAAGGCACAAUUUCAUAUGGUACCCGGGUUACGCUGAAUUUGGCCUGUAAUUUGGACUUGAAGGACUAUCCGCUGGAUUAUCAGACUUGUUAUAUUAAAGUCAUCAGUUACGCCCACGUGAAAAACGAGAUGAACGUCAGCUGGUUCCCCAAUGACCCGAUCCGCUUCAAUCCGGAAAUUGAUCUACCGGAAUUUCACAUUCGCGCCCUGGACAAGGAUUACUGUAACGGCGUUUUUCUGUACACUUUAACACACAAUUCCUCAAGAGUCGGCGAAUUUUCGUGUCUGCUGGGAAUGUUGAAGCUGAAACGGGCAAUUGGAUUCCAUUUAGUGCAGAGUUAUAUCCCAACGGGGCUUAUUGUGGCCAUAUCGUGGGUUUCGUUUUGGAUCGAUCGGCGAGCGGUUCCGGCAAGAGUUAGCUUGUCAUUUACUACUUUAUUGACGUUGAGUACACAGGGUAAUGGUAUACGAUAUGCACUGCCGGCGGUUUCAUAUGCCAAAGCUAUUGAUUAUUUCUACGGAGUGUGCAUGCUGUUCAUAUUCGGUGUUCUGUUGGAGUUUGCGGCGGUGAACAGUUACAUGCGACGAGCCAACAAGUAUAAUCAUAUGGCUGAAAAAAUUCAGAGCGCCUAUGGUGGAAAGCCUAUAAUUGCAGCUGACUAUGAUUCCGACUACGAGGAGGGUCCGACCAAAUACUAUGGCAAUUUGAACAAAAACUCGGCUCAUUUGAUGUACAAAGCACUGAAAUUUUCGAGAAAAGCAUUAUCGAUCGAUAAAGCAGCACGGUUUGCGUUUCCAUGUGUUUUUGCAAUUUUCAACGUAUUCUACUGGUUGUAUUAUUUACGAGAACCCCCAUUAAUGGACUGA